AUGAUGUCUCCAAGACUAAUGCUGGUCAAAGAUGGAGUGUCAACUAAACAAACUCAAGCUGAAAUUGAUAAGGAGGGAGAGGCUAGUUGGCCGAUCGAAAAUGAGAGGAAAUGGGUCAGUCCUGAAGUGAUUGCGAGGAAAGCCAAAGAAGAAUGGUUGGAAUUUGCUGAGGUUUCUGAUGUGGGGGAGGAGACCUUAAGAAGUUGCAAUAGACUAAUUCACUCAUCCUCAGAGGAAGCAGAGGCUAAAGUAGGGCAGGUUUUAACUGUCGGUGCUCAUCUUGAUAAGGAAGGUUUGGGUUUGGCCAAAGAGGUUUGUAAAGGGCUACAAUGUGUUACUGACAUCGGUUAG